AUGGCGCGACCAUCGCCAUCCGGAUCAGGAUGUUUGCUUGGCGGAUCGAUAGAAGCAGCGGAGGCCCAGUUCCAUAAUGAACAAGGUCCCGGGAAUCAUUGUGGGACCCGCGAUGACGACUUUGCCGCACAGCGAGCGAUGCACAACAACGUGAUACACCCGUACAAAGAGGAAAUUGAAUUAGAAAUAGGUCUUAGUGCGAGCGGUCCAGAAGACCAUGUGAAACGGUUCACACGACGGCGUCUCAAAGUGGGGGUGCGGUCCAAGCGAGAGCGACCAAAAGGCGAAGCCAUCUUCCUGGGCAGCGCCAGCACACCCAGCCACGAAGGCGAGGACUGA